GCUGCAACAUGAACGUUGAAGUUUUGUUCUCGGACUUCGCGUUUCUUCUCAGACUUGUUCCUACAGUGGUGUCCGGAUCAAUCGGACAACGUUUACUCCCGGCGCCUCACGAGCUGCUGGUGACUUAGGAUUCUGUCAGAUAUUCAACUUUCCUUUUAGGUCCGACAUAUACUCAGCGUGCGAGGUGUCUCGUGUUUUAAUCUACAUGGCAGGACUUUGAUGCUCAUCCAAAUGCACCAACUGAGCGUCACAGUCGCUUUCUCGCACUCAUUUAUGGUUUGGUGGGCCAUGGCCCAUGGAUGCUUCAGCGGUAAUUGCAUCUGUUACUAAUCGCUAAAAUUUUCCUCUGGUCUUUGUCUUUGAAGGAAUCCAACGAUUCUCACACAGGAUGCGAUACGAUAUGAGCCCAACGGUGGUCAUCUUGAUGAAUAUGCCUUCGUAUCAACUGCGCCUUGUUGGGAAUGGUCUAUACAAGGAUGAUCAACUGAUAUGGUUGACGUUUGUCCAGGUUAAUGAAGAAUAUUUCCCAGGGCUGGACUUCUUCACUCCGAGUUGGUGGGUGUUUGUUGCUUAGAGAAGGAACUCGGUGGGCAUUUUUAGAGUUGGCAUCUUCGCCAUGAGGCUCUGCCCGAGUACGCAUCGACAUUAGUACCUAUUCAGCUGGUUACUCACUUAUAACACACCGGCUUCUUGCCUAUACUGAAAAGUAUGACUUUGUCUCUCGCAUCUGCACAAUUAGUCGGGACUCUGCUGGAGCUUUCUGCUUAUGGUGUUUACAUAGCGCUCAUUCCUCAAUGCUUCACCCUAUUACGCGCGAGGGGGUUGAAGGCAACGCUCAUGAAAUACAUGCACUUGACAUUCUUUAUCAAUUUCUUAGCGAUCACCAUGAAUGCUUGCACAGCCUUUGUCCGGGUCGUUCAAGCAUUUACUUCCCAUACGGAUGCUGAGCUGUACUUCGCUCGCACCAACUCACCUUCUGCUUUGCUCUUGGGCUCUUCUGCAAUGGUCGUUCUCAUCACCGCAGACGCUCUGCUCGUCUUUCGUACAUUCAUUGUUUGGAAUCGUGAUCGUCGGAUCAUCAUAAUCCCCGUCUUGCUUUUCGUUGCGGAUUGCGCCCGGUCCAUAUACCUUAUGGUUACACUGACAUUCACAGGAUCUCAAUGGCAAAAUCCUCUCCUGAAUCCAACAUGGCAGUUGGUCAUCUUUUGGGCAGGGUCCUGGCUUUUGAAUAUACUUUGUACUUCUCUCAUCGCUUACAAGAUCUGGAAAGCGCGUCGAAUUGCUAAUAGGCUUCUAUCUAAUGUCAAUGAACGAUUAAACAAUGCAUUUGUCGUGAUUAUCGAAUCUGCUGCGGUGUAUACGCUUGUGAGCUUUGCGACAAUGAUAGCGUCAAUUUUGGGACAUAAUUCUGUCUACAUCGUAAUUUUAUUGACUCCCCCUUCAAUUGGCAUAGUUUUCCUAUACGCCAUCAUCAGCAGCUCGAAGGUCAAAGAAAGUACAGCAAAGCAGCAAAGCACAGUACUAACAAGGUCAGCCGUGCGUAGGGAUGAGAACGACCGCGUCAGCCCAGAUUCUCCACAAGCCGAGCACUUCAAUACUGCCCUUUUCUCGCCGACUGCUUCUGCUAACGUCGAUGUCACGGUUCAGGUCCACCUGAAGAGGACUGUCCACACAGACAACUGGCGUGAGGCUGACUUGGAGAAGUGAUUGAGAGUUUUGGAGGAUUUUACUGUACGAAACCUUGAUUCACAUUUACAUUUUGUUCAGAUUUCCAGAAAAUAUGCCAACCAUUGCACGUCGAUGUUGAAGGGAUGGAUAAUGAAACGAAGCAAAUUUUCCGGACUGUCGGUGUUACUACGGACUAUGUUCAAAGCAUUGUUUUUUUUCCUUCUCAAUGCAAGAAUAGAUGCAUGAAAAAUAUGUCGAUCUUCAGGAUUUAUCUACCUGCUCGAACAUUAGCACGUCCAUGCAAAAGCUGCGAUCAUCAUCAGCAUGCUUCGGGACAACUCUCAUGUGCUCCUUGACUUUUUUGAGACAUCACGAGUCGUAGACAUCACUUCUAACUGUCAUCUGAAGCUUGGAAAUUUCAUUCUUUGCUAUUC